AUGAGUGUACCCUCCGUGACGCUUGCCAGUGUCCUGCAGGUCAGGGGUGAAGCUCUGUCUGAGGAGGAAAUCUGGUCCCUUUUGUCACUGGCUGCUGAACGGCUCCUGGAAGACCUUCGAAAUGAUUCCUCAGACUAUGUGGUCUGCCCCUGGUCAGUCCUGCUUUCUGCAACUGGACAUGUUUCUUUCCAAGACCACGUUUCUCACAUAGAGGCUGUGCCAUUCAAGGCUCCUGAGCUGUUACAGGGACCAAGUGAGGAUGAACAGCCGAAUGUAUCACAGAUGCAUGUCUACUCCUUAGGGAUGACUCUCUACUGGUCGGCAGGGGUUUGUGUCCCACCAAACCAGCCUCUGCAGCUGCAAGAACCUAUGCACUCCCUCCUGCUGGCCAUGUGCGAAGACCAGCCUCACAGGCGGCGGCCACUGCAGGCAGUUCUGGAAGCUUGCCAGGUCCAUCAGGAAGAAGUGGCUGUGUAUCCAUCCCCUGCCAGUCUGCACAUCAGUCGGCUGGUGGGCUUGGUGCUGGACACCAUCUCUGAGGUGGAGAGAAGAGCUGUAGAGGAAAGUACCUGUGAAUGGCAGAGCAGAAGCUACUUGCUCAGGAAGAGGCUGCAUCAAGCUGGCAGUGACAGCCCCAUGAUCUGGGUCCCUGAUGGUCUGCAGCCUCACAGAGUUUCAGAGAGAAGCACAGAGACUCAGAGCUCCCCGGAGCCCCACCGGAGCCCCUCAGCACAGAGUCCCUGCAGCUGCAGUUUCUUUGUUAACAACACUCUUGCAGGUGUGGGUCCCUGUGACAGUAAGGAAGGCCUGCGGCGUGGCUCUGGGCCUGUGCUCUUGGCAGAAGCAGAACGUUCAUGGCCAGCAACAUCUUCUCCAAGGGGGUUCCUGCAAAGAAAGGGAAAGUACUCUAGGCCGGAGUUCAUCCUUCUGGCUGGAGAGGCCCCUGUGAGCCUACACCUGCCUGGAUCCAUUGUGACUAGAAAAGGGAAAUCCUACUUGGCCCUCAGGGACAUCUGUGUGGUACUGCUGAGUGGACAGUGUCUGGAGGUGAAGUGCGGCAUGGAGUCCACCGUAGGCGCUGUCUUCGCUGCUGUCAUGUCCUUCACUAACCUUGGGGAGACUACCUACUUUGGUCUGGCUUAUGUGAAAGGUAAAGAGUUCUUUUUCCUGGACAAUGAAACCAAAUUGUGCAAUGUUGCCCCAGAACGCUGGAGAGAGCAGCCCCUGAAGGCCUCCAUGUAUGCCUUCACACUCUUUCUGAGGAUAAAGUUCUUUGUCAGUCACUAUGGGCUGCUCCGGCACAGUCUGACCAGGCAUCAGCUUUACCUGCAGCUUCGGAAGGACAUUCUAGAAGAGAGACUGUAUUGCGACAGUGAGACACUGCUGCAGCUGGGGGUCCUUGCCCUGCAGGCUGAAUUUGGCAGUUAUCCUAAGAAGCAGAUGGAGAGUAAGGCGUAUUUCCAAGUUGAAGAUUACAUCCCAGCGAGGCUGAUUGAGAGAAUGACAGCGCUCCGGGUCCAAGUCGAAGUCUCAGAGAUGCACCGGCUCAGUUCUGCACCACAGGGAGAGGAUGCUGAGCUAGAGUUCUUGGGGGUUGCUCAGCAGCUCCCAGAAUAUGGAGUGCUGGUUCAUCAGGUUUUCCCUGAGAAGAAGAGGCCAGAAGGGGAGAUGGCCUUGGGGGUCUGUGCCAAAGGUGUCAUAGUCUACAAGGUGGAAACCAACAGCAGAAUUGCAGCAUCACAGUUUCCAUGGAGAGAAACUGGGAAGAUUUCAACUCAGAGAAAAAAGUUCACCAUCACCAGCAGUGUCACUGGAGAAAAGCACACAUUUGUCACUGAUUCGGCCAAGACCUGUAAAUACUUACUGGGCCUCUGCUCUGCUCAGCACAGGUUUAAUGCACAGAUGAGUUCUGAGCAGCCUCCUCAUCUUUUAAGUGGUCAGGAUAAGUUUUUACAGAUAGCCAACUUGAACUCUGCACACCAGGCCCAGGCCAACCCUCUCACUUGGAUUCAGAGACUGUCAAGCUCAGAAAAUGAGUUGUGUGUACCCAGGUUGCAGAAUGCUGUGGGAGGCCCACUGAGUGCAUCCCUGGAAAAUGUCAACAUGGAAAGCAGCAAGAAGACCAGGACAGAGGGAAUCAGAAGCAGCCCUUGCACUGGCCGAGAGCAGCUGGAGAACAUAGGUUUGAUCAAGAAGUCAACAGCUCAUGAUGUCUCUGGGCCACCUGUUCAGAGCCUGUGUGCAGGGCUACAAAAUAGCAGAAGAAGGAGCUGCACAGAAGAACCAGGCCCAGAAAUCGUGUGUGUGACACUGACGCGUGAUCCACAUCGUGGUUUUGGUUUUGUUAUUAAGGAGGGAGAAGAUGCAGACCAAGCUAAUCCUGGCAUUUUCAUUUCGUCUCUGAUGCCUGGGGGACCAGCAGAAAAAACUAAAAAGAUCAAACCAGGAGGGAGGAUCCUAGCCUUGAAUCAUAUCAGCCUGGAGGGCUUUACAUUCAACAUGGCUGUUAAAAUGAUCCAGAAUUCUCCUGGCAACAUAGAAUUAAUCAUUUCUCAGUCAAAAGGUGUUUGUGGAAAUAUCCCCAGUGAAGAAAAGAAUAGCACAGCAAAUUCUGGCAUAUUCUGUACAGACAUCUUGAGAAAUAGGCAUGGGGUACGUAUGUCACUACACAUAAAUAACCAGGACAGAAACAUUGAAGGACAGGAAAUGGUUCAGGUGCAGAGCUCAUUGCCCAGCCAAGGGCCUCCACUCAACCUUCUACCAUUAAAGGGUGCUGAUUCUUGUCCUCCACCACCUCGAGAAUCCAAUGCUGGUGAAAUCUACUUUGUGGAGCUGGUUAAAGAAGGUGGAACUCUUGGAUUCAGUGUGACUGGUGGCAUUAACACAAGUGUACCCCAUGGCGGAAUCUACGUGAAAUCCAUCAUUCCUGAAGGCCCAGCUGCCAAGGAAGGACAGAUCCUUCAGGGUGACCGGCUCCUGCAGGUAGAUGGAGUAAGUCUAUGUGGCCUCACUCACAAGCAGGCUGUGCAGUGUCUCAAGGGCCCUGGGCAGGUGGCAAGGCUGGUCUUAGAGAGAAGAGGCCCCAGGACUGCAUUACAGUGUCUUUCUGCUAAUGAUAGGAUUGGAGAUGCACAUAUGGCUGUUUCCCUGGUAACAGCUGGGCCUGGCAGGCCUGCGAGCUGUGUCUCAGUGACAGAUGGCCCUAAGUUUGAAGUCAAACUGAAAAAGAACAGCAACGGUUUGGGAUUCAGUUUUGUGCAGAUGGAGAGAGAGAGCUGCAGCCACCUCAAGGGUGACCUCGUGAGGAUUAAGAGACUCUUUCCGGGACAGCCAGCUGAGGAGCAUGGUGCCAUUGCAGCUGGUGACAUUAUCCUGGCAGUGAACGGAAGGCCCAUAGAAGGGCUUGUUUUCCAGGAAGUGCUCCAUUUAUUGCGAGGGGCCCCACAGGAAGUCACACUCCUCCUUUGCCGACCCCCUCCAGGUGCACUGCCUGAGAUGGAGCAGGGAUGGCAGACUCCUGAACUCUCAACAGACCAAAGGUUUACCAUGGCAACCUGUACUGAUUCAGAGCAGAGCCCCAGCCUAGUUAAAGAGGGCAACUGGAGGGACAGUGCCUCCUUGGACACAGGGAAAGGCAUGGGUCCCAGACCAGAGUCGUUCCAUAAAGCUGUCAGAGGUGUGAAAGGGGACCGAGGCAGAGAGAGAUCCUGGGCUGGGUCCUUGAUGCUUCCUCUGGAGUCUCCUCCUCAUUUGUGCAAACUCCACCAAGAACCAGAGUCACCAAUAUUGACUACCUCUUUGGAAAAGGAUAUGAGGCAAAACUGCUAUUCCGUGUGUGAUAUCAGAAGACUUGGAAGAUUUUCCUUCCCAUCUUCUCUAACCAGACUUGCAACAGAGAUUUUCUGA